CCAGCCUCCUCUUCAAUCUCCAGUCUCCACAGCACUGCUCCUUCCCCAAUCUCCUCUCGCAGGCGACGCGACAGCGGCACGCACACCUGAGACCUCGAUGCGGGCGAUCUCGACAGCCGCGGCGGCGGCUGGGGGCAUGCUGCGCGCGCGGCUCCGUGCGGCGUCGUGCGUGCGCAGCGGCGAUGGCGCCGGGGGCCGGUGGACGGCGCCGGGGCACGAGGAGCGGCCCAAGGGGUACCUCUUCAACCGGCCGCCGCCGCCGCCGCGGGAGUCGCGGAAGUGGGAGGACUGGGAGCUCCCCUGCUACGUCACAUCCUUCCUCACCGUUGUCAUCCUCGGCGUCGGCCUCAACGCCAAACCCGACCUCACCCUCGAGACCUGGGCGCACCAGAAGGCGCUCGAGCGCCUCCAGCAGCAGGAGCUAGCUGCCGCUUCCGGUGCGGGUGAAGCCGACGCUGAGUGAUCCGCUGGUCAGAUCACCCUGAAACCCUAGAUUUUUCAUGUUUGUUUCGGGUCCAAUAAGACUGUUUGUACUGUGGUGUAUGUCUGUGAUUCCACAAAUGGAUGAAUAUCAGAUUGAAAACUGUAUCCCUGGUGCUGUUUCAUUGGAUAACUUACAGAGUGAGCUUUUGUUA